CGCGUGGCGAACCUUAUUACCAUUCUGGAGGCUAAUGGACAAGCCACACACAGCAAACCUGCUAUAUCCACGUCCCCUGUUCUAAGUGGCAUCUUCGCCGACCCAGUGGCCUCAGCGGAUGCAAGCAAUUCUACCGCGGAUUCAACAGGCCAAAUGGAGACACCAGAGACCCAAUCCGUCAGUGAUGAUAUUCCCGACACAUUCGAUCCUAUUGAAGCGGGCCUUCUAGAUCAGCGAGGUGCUUCGAUGCUUCUCGAGGAAUUCCGGAACGUAUGUUCAUGGUCAUUCCCGUUUGUUAUAAUUCCAGAGGCGACAAAUGUAGACGAUCUUCGUCACCGCAGACCCUUCUUGUUCCACGCCCUCAUGACAACAAUGACCUACAAAACCCCCGCGAUCCAACGUGUCCUCGCCGAGGAGCUAAGAGCGCAAAUUGCUUCCCGCAUUAUUACGCAUUCACACAAAACGCUGGAAAUCCUUCAAGGCUUAUUGGUCCACGCUGCUUGGUAUCAUUUCUUCUUCCGUGCAUACAAUCAGCAGCUAGCCAUCAUCCUACAGCUCUGUGUUGCCAUGAUACAGGAUCUUGGACUCUCAAGGAAUCCGAAAGAGAAGUCACGGAACUUGACGCUGUCUGAGCACCACACUGGGAUGCCCUUCAAGACGCAGCGUUCUGCUGACGAGAAACGGGCCUUUUUAGGAACAUUUUACCUAGUUAGCGCGUUUGCACACGCAUGGCGGAAACGUGCGACCAUGACACAUACAAAAUUUAUGGCACAAUGUUGUCACUCUCUUGCAGAGAGACACGAAGUACCUACUGAUGGAAUGAUUACCCCGCUCGUUCAGUUGGGCGAGUUAAUGUGUCGUAUUAAUGAGUACUACUCAUACGACGACAUCGAAAAUGCGGAAAUUCGAGGGGAGCUGUUUCUUGACAUGUCAACGAAGAGUUUCCGCUGUGAACUUGAGCGGAUGAAAGAUGCUAUACCUGAGGCGCUUCAACAGAAUACAACAUUAAGCCUUCAAUUCCGUCUACUCGACUUGUGGAUCCAUGAAUGCUCCCUCCACAGCUUUCUCUGGAACUCGUCGGACCAAAAGAGCCCCCUACAGAUCUCUCAACUCAGAAUCAAAAUGCUCAGCCAUUGCGUCCAAAAUAUCAAGGGAUACCUUAACACCUUGCUCGACUGCCAGCAAACGGCUCUUUACCCCCUCGCAUUCCCCGCCUGGUCGGGCUGGUUCUACGCUAUCAUCGUUGUAUGCAAGCUCGUGUUCUUACAAGACAAUGAGCGCCAAGGCAAGACAACGAUGAGCUCCGUUCCGCAAGAAUUAAGUAGCCUCCUACCCGGGCAUUUUGGACCUGGCGCACCUCACGACUUCUGUGCCUUGCCAGCCGAGGACCAGCCUACGUCCCCAUGGGAUCCUGUGUCCGUGGCAAAAGAAACACAAAUUCGAGAACUCUUCGAGAAGUUCAUCGACAAGUUGGAAUUCACGUUCCCGUAUGAUGCUUUUGAGUUCGCUACUCCUGAUGAUGCAACGGCAGAGAAAGAGAAAGAGGAUCGCGACCCGCUGUUCAGUAUUGCUUGGCUUCAACGAAGUCUGCUUUAUGGCUUUUCCAAGAAGAUGAAAGAAUAUACAACGAGGACUGCGUCAAAGCCCACGGCUAAUCCCGUUAUAAGCCCCUCCUCGAACCCGAGCCUGCAACCAAACCCUUCGUUUGCACCCGCUCCGGCCCCCGCGCCGAGCUCUUCGUCACAACCCGGGAGUUAUCUGUUGGAGCAAAUGCGUAGCCACCCGAUCCCGCUAAUCCAGUCCCUUCAUUUCAACACCAUGAACUUUGAUAGUGUAGCUUUGCCUAUGGCUCCAAUGCUACAGGAGGAUGCCUUCGACGAUUGGAUGUGGGAUUCUAUGAUGGAGGAUUUCAGUUUCCCAAAUUUGUAGUAUAAGGCAGUAAGGAAAUUAGACUUGAGCCUAGCACAGCUUGGACGUUUGGGAC